UCUCUGAUUGGCCAGCUAGGCAACAGCGAGGACGACGAAAGCAAGCAGCGUAAAAUCCCGAGGAAGUCCAAGUUGUCCUAGUUGAUAGAAACAUCCAGGCGCGUGUGUGUAUUCCCGCUCAGGCUGAGUAAAUUAAGGGGGUGUGCAGCGGCGAUGCCAGCCCAGCCUGCUCUGCGUGAAGCAGAGGAGGAGAUGGAGACGGAGCCUGACUCUGAGGUGCCUCACGCAAACGGUGAGACAGAGGAGGAGAGGGAGCGUGAGGGAGGAGAGGCAGAAGAGACUAUGGAAGAGAGUGGAGAAGAGCGAGAAAGUGACCUGGAGGAGAGCGAAGCAGAGGAAGAGGAGGAGGAAGAAGAGGAGAGUUCAGAGAUUGACGACGAAGAUUGUGAAAGGAGAAGAAUGGAGUGUCUGGAUGAGAUGUCUGAUCUGGAGAAGCAGUUCCUGGAACUCAAAGAAAAAUUAUUUCGUGAGAGGCUGGACCAGGUGAAAGUGAAGCUGGAUGAGGUGCUGACAGGAAAAGCAGGAGAGUACAGAGAGCCGCUGGCCACGCUUCAGAAAAACAUGCAGCUGCGCACUCAGGUAGCAGGUGUUUACAGAGAGCUGUGCCUCCAGGUGAUCCAACACAAGCACGAGUGUGAGGUACAGGGCGCAAAACAACAUCUGGAGAGCGAGAGGAUCCUUCUGUUCGACACCAUGAAAACGGAGCUUCUGGAAAAGAUCCGCAGGCUGAAGGAGGACCAGCAGAGUGUGGACAUCACCUCAGAGUGGUGGGGCGAUGAAGUGCGGAUGAAGAAGUGUAAGAAGAGAAGUCACCUAAGCCACCUGGAGAGGAAGAAAAAGCCAGCACUCGUGUCAGGGCCCUACAUAGUCUACAUGCUGAGAGACAUUGACAUACUUGAAGACUGGACAGCCAUCAAGAAGGCUAAAGCAGCACUAAUCCCCUUGAAGAAGAAGUCAGACAGUCGUCAGUUGUCAGUGCGCUGUGAAGGAGGCACUCUGUUUUAUGAGGGAGAGAGAUUCUCAAAGGGCAACACUGUUCUAUUGGAAGUCAAUGAUGAAAGCCCUGCACAGGCAGUAAUAACAGCAGUCAGUGCAGGAGAGGUGUGGUUCAAAAGGACAGAUGGUAGCAAAACCAAAAUCUACAUUUCACAGCUACAGAAAGGCAAAUGCACAAUACGGAGAGUCUAGAGUACACACACACACACACACACACACAAAAUACAACUGUGUUCUGCAGGUGUGCAUAUGGAUAACAUGCAUUAAUAUCUUUCCAGUCUUAUUUCUCUGACCUAAUAGACAUUAAAGGGAAUAGCAAAGUUGCAAACUAAUGAUGUAGAAUAAGUCAAUUGUCACAAAAUAGUAAAGAGAAACAGUUACAGGGGAAAAAAGGAGAUUAAUCUCUGAUGAAUAUUAGAAUGAAGUCUAUUAUAACUCCUGAUGAUUUACCCUUUGGGCUUUGACCCAUGUACAGUAUGUUAACACUGUUGUAACAUCUGUACAUCCUGCUGAGUGCUUCUGCAGCAAUAUACUGCUUGGUAAUUCCAGACAUAGACAGACAGCUAGUCAUCAGAGCUUCAUCAAUAAACACAAUAUGGCACUGGAAGGAGUGCUUCUCUAAGACACAGCCUUUCCACUGAGCAGACAGCAUAACGGCAGCUUCUGUUCACAAGCACACACAGAGCGUAUGGCCCAGCAACGGAAACUGCUGAAUCACCGUUCCCCAACUACACACACACACACACACACACACACACACACACACACACACACACACACACACAGCUCUAUACCACUACACACAGCUACACACCAAGACUGUAGACCAAAUAGGGAUUAUAUUGAUGCUUAUAGCCCAAUAUAUGUAUCUAUGCCCUUACCAUACCCCAGUCCAACAAACUGGAUUAGCUAAAGCCAAAAGCAGAACAUUUCCUGUGAACUUAACCACACCAUGCACGUAAGGUGGUUAACUCAAUGCUACUAUAAAGAGGUACACUAAAGAUUUAGCAAAAUCCUCAAUGACUGCAUUCACACAUUAUCAUCUACACAAGUAAAACCGCAGUCACACCGGACACUCGCACUUUGAGUCUCCUUGUGAAACUUGUGUGAUUGAGGCAGGCUUGGAAGAAUAGUAACACAAAAGUUACACACAGUGCAACUUAUGAAGAAUGUGUCUCCACUUUCCUACAGGGUAAUAAAUCAAGUCCUUUAUCCUCCAGGGUUAUUCCCAACUCAUGCCUGAUGUUGCUGUUAUAGGCCCUGAAUAUAACACAAGCCUAACCAGGAUAAACCAUUUGAUAAAAACGGCAUAAAUGAAGAAAUCAAGUCCUACAUAUACACAAAGCUUUGCGCUUGCAUAAGUUAUUUGCUAGCAAGCUUGCUAACUAGCCAAUCAUCUAUCAGAACACAAACAGAAAACACUUAUACCAUCAGUUCCAGCCUCCAGACAUCAUGUGUACUAUGCAUACUUUAUAGUCAGGUCUAUAAGUCCAAUCUCAUGCCUUCCCACUGUUAAAAUGAGCUCUCGUUUUCAUUUUUAUUUAUUUAUUAUU